AUGGCUCCUUCCGUACCAGGUUUCGAAGGUGUCGUACCUUCCAGCGACAUCCCACCUGCUCAACAGGCUGUCUCUGUAGCUCCCGCUGGUCACUCUGCUGUCGAUGUUACCCCACCAGCUUCACCAGCUCCCGCAGCUACUUCCCCUCGGCCUACCGUCAAUCGUGCGUCUUCCUUCGUCGCCCCUGCUCCCAAGCCAUUAGGUAGUCUUCACCCACCAGCCACUCUCAAAGGUAUUGACUGGGAGGGUAUGCCCGAAGAACCUAAAUGGGACGAUUCUAUGGGAGAGCCGGAUGCUGUUCUCGAACUUGCCGAUGGUCUCGCUUUGGCUGGUCACUCUUUCGGUGCUAAGAAAUCAGUAGCAGGAGAAUGUGUCUUCCAGACUGGUAUGGUCGGUUACCCCGAGUCGUUGACCGAUCCUUCCUACUCCUCUCAAAUCCUGAUCCUCACCUACCCUUUAAUCGGUAACUACGGUGUACCCGAAAGACCCAAUGUUGCUACUUCCAACAUUCCUACUUCCGAGGACGCUCAUAACGUCCUUCCUCCUACACACCUCCUUGACUCGCUCCCUCUCGAAUUCGAGUCUUCUCACAUCCACAUCGCUGCCCUCGUCGUAGCCAACUACCACCCAAGUUUCUCGCACCAUCUCGCCAACUCCAGUCUUGGUCAAUGGCUCAAAGAACAAGGUAUCCCCGCUAUCUGGGGUGUCGACACUAGAAUGCUGACCAAGAGACUUAGAGAAGGUGGUGUCCUUCUUGGUCGAGUCCUCGCCAAGCAAGGUGCCUCGGCUGUUGAUAGUCAAUCAAGAGGUAGAGAAUCCCAAUCGGGAGUUCUCGGUGGAGUAUCCAGACUUCUCAACGGUCUUUCGGCUCCUUCGAUGGCUAGGUCCAACUCUACAGAUAACUUCGCUUUGAACUGGAAAGAAGAUUACGAGUCUGUACCUUUCUAUGACCCCAACGGUAUCAACCUUGUCGCAAAGGUCUCCACUCAACAACCCACUCUCUACACCGCUAUCACCGGGUCAGAGAAGAAAAUCAACCCUAGGACUGGCAAGCAAUUGCGAGUCGUGGCUAUCGAUGUUGGUAUGAAGUGGAACCAAAUUAGAUGUUUCCGAGAAAGAGGUGUCGAGGUCAAGGUUGUUCCUUGGAAUUAUGACUUCAAUGCUGAGACCGAACCAUACGAUGGUCUCUUCGUCUCUAACGGUCCUGGUGACCCCUCCAUGGUCAAAGAGACCAUUUCCAACCUUUCCAAAGCGCUUGAGACCAGCAAAGUCCCUAUCUUCGGUAUUUGUCUUGGUCACCAACUUCUCGCUUUGGCCUCAGGUGCUUCCACUCGAAAGAUGAAGUACGGUAACAGAGGUAUGAACUUGCCUUGUACGUGUUCAUCUUCUGGUAGAUGUUACAUCACUUCUCAGAAUCACGGUUACGAAGUCGAUGUCUCUACCCUUAAGAACGGUUGGGAAGCUUUCUUCACCAACGCCAAUGACCAAUCCAACGAAGGUAUCUGGAUGGGUAAGAAUGGUAAACCCUUCUUCUCAGUACAAUUCCACCCCGAAUCAGCUCCUGGACCUCGAGACACCGAAUUCAUCUUCGACGUCUUCAUUAAGAGUAUGGUUGACUCCGCCAGAGAAGGUAAACUCGUCCCCAUCGACAUGCCUGGGGGUGACCUCGCAGAUAACAUCGCUGCUCGACCUAAAGAACACGUCAAGAAGGUUCUUGUUCUCGGUUCUGGUGGUCUCUCUAUUGGUCAAGCCGGUGAAUUUGAUUACUCCGGUUCGCAAGCUAUCAAGGCUUUGAAGGAAGAAGGUAUCUAUACCAUUCUUGUCAACCCUAACAUCGCUACCAUCCAGACCUCGAAAGGUCUCGCAGACAAGGUUUACUUCCUUCCUGUUACACCUGAAUUCGUACGAAAGAUCAUCAAACACGAGAAGCCCGAUGGUAUUUACUGUACCUUUGGUGGUCAAACCGCCCUUUCAGUCGGUAUCAAGCUGAAAGAUGAAUUCGCCUCUCUCGGUGUCAAGGUGCUUGGUACCCCAAUCGAGACCAUCAUCACCACUGAAGAUCGAGAUCUCUUCGCUAAAGCUAUGGAGGAAAUUGGCGAGAAAUGUGCUGAAUCUGCCAGUGCCGUCAACCUUCAAGAAGCCACAGAAGCUGCCAACAGAAUUGGUUAUCCAGUCAUCGUCCGAGCCGCCUACGCUCUUGGUGGUCUCGGUUCCGGUUUCGCUCAAGAUGAUGAGCAACUUACCGAGCUCUGUAACAAGGCUUUCGCCACUUCUCCCCAGGUUCUGGUUGAGAAGUCAAUGAAAGGGUGGAAAGAAAUAGAGUACGAAGUGGUCAGAGAUUGCAGAAACAACUGUAUCACUGUCUGUAACAUGGAGAAUUUCGACCCCCUGGGUAUCCACACCGGUGAUUCCAUCGUCGUCGCUCCUUCUCAAACCCUAUCCGAUGCCGACUACAACAUGCUUCGAACGACCGCUGUCAAUGUCAUCCGACAUCUUGGUGUCGUGGGUGAAUGUAACAUUCAAUACGCCCUUAACCCUUACUCUAAAGAAUACUGCAUCAUUGAAGUCAACGCUCGUCUCUCUCGAUCUUCCGCUCUUGCCUCUAAGGCUACCGGUUACCCUCUUGCGUUUAUCGCCGCCAAAUUGGGUCUUAACAUUCCUCUGAACGAGAUCAAGAAUUCUGUCACCAAGCUCACUUCGGCUUGUUUCGAACCUUCAUUAGAUUACUGUGUAGUCAAAAUUCCUCGAUGGGACUUGAAGAAGUUCAACCGAGUCAGUACCGCUUUGAGUAGUUCCAUGAAAUCCGUUGGUGAAGUCAUGGCUAUCGGCCGAACUUUCGAAGAGACCAUUCAAAAAGCCAUAAGAUGUAUCGAUGAUCGAUUCCCCGGUUUCGGUGACCACAUCGAUGUCGAAGACAUUGAUCAUGAGAUCGCCAAUCCUACCGAUCAACGUCUCUUCGCCCUUGCUACUGCACUCAAGAGGGGUUACUCUGUCGAGAAGCUCAACAAGAUGUCUAACAUCGACCCUUGGUUCUUGACAAGACUUGAGAGAUUGUCCAAGACCGAGAAGCUCAUUGGGACCUUCAACGCUUCUACUGUCCCCAACCAACUCAUCCGAAACGCCAAGCAACUUGGUUUCUCCGAUCGACAAAUCGCUAAAGCUCUCAACUCCAACGAGCUUGCUGUUCGAAGACUCCGUAUUGAAGCUGGCAUCUCUCCAUACGUAAAGCAAAUCGAUACCGUUGCUGCCGAGUUCCCUGCUUUCACCAACUACUUGUACACCACAUACAAUGCUAGCGAACACGAUGUCACCUUUGAUGACAAUGGUGUAAUGGUUCUUGGUUCUGGUGUGUACAGAAUCGGUUCCUCCGUCGAGUUCGAUUGGUGUGCUGUAAGAGCCAUCAGAACCCUCCGAGAACAAGGCAUGAAGACUGUCAUGAUCAACUACAACCCUGAGACAGUCUCCACCGAUUAUGACGAAGCCGACAAGCUCUAUUUCGAGAAUAUCUCGCUCGAGACUGUGCUCGAUAUCUACGAUAUUGAGCGAUCAAGUGGUCUCGUUCUGUCCAUGGGUGGUCAAACCCCUAACAAUAUUGCAUUAGCUCUCCACCGACAAAAUGUUAAGAUUUAUGGUACCUCCCCAGAAAUGAUCGAUACCGCCGAGAACCGAUACAAGUUCUCUCGAAUGCUCGACAAAAUCGGCGUCGACCAACCUCUUUGGAAAGAGCUUACCAGUUUCUCCGAAGCCAAGACCUUCUGUGACAAGGUGGGAUACCCCGUGCUUGUGCGACCAUCCUAUGUGCUCUCCGGUGCUGCUAUGAACGUGGUCUUCUCCGAGGAUGAUCUCGAAUCUUACCUCACCCAAGCUACCGACGUUUCUAGGGAUCACCCCGUCGUCAUCUCCAAAUAUAUCGAAGAAGCCAAGGAAAUUGAAAUGGAUGCCGUUGCUCGAGACGGUAAAAUGGUCAUGCACUACAUCUCCGAACACGUCGAAAAUGCGGGUGUGCACUCCGGUGAUGCCACCCUCAUCUUGCCUCCUCAAGAUCUUGACCCCGAGACUAUCAGAAAGAUUGAAAUCGCUACCCAAAAGAUCGGCCAGGCUCUUAACGUCACUGGUCCAUACAACAUUCAAUUCAUCGCCAAAAACAACGAAAUCAAGGUUAUCGAAUGUAACUUGCGAGCUGCUCGAUCCUUCCCAUUCGUCUCAAAGGUCACUGGAAUCGAUGCUAUCGAGCUUGCAACCAAAGUCAUGCUUGGUUUCCCUGUCAUUCCUUACCCAGACGUCAAACUGCCGCCUAAUUAUGUCGGUGUCAAGGUACCUCAAUUCUCUUUCAGUCGAUUGUCCGGUGCCGAUCCUGUGUUAGGUGUCGAAAUGGCUUCCACCGGUGAAGUCGCUUGUUUCGGUAAAAACAAGUACGAUGCUUAUCUCAAAGCACUGAUCUCGACUGGUAUCCGACCACCAAAGAAAAAUAUUCUGCUCUCUAUCGGUUCCUUCAAGGAGAAAUUGGAGAUGUUACCUGUUGUUCACAAACUCCACAGGCAAGGUUACAACCUCUUUGCUACCGCUGGUACUUCAGACUUCUUCCAGGAGCACGGUAUCCCCGUCAAGUUCCUCGAAGCAUUGGGUUCCGUCAACGAUCUCAACCCUCAAAAGGCUGAAUACUCUUUGACUCAGCACUUGGCCAACAACUUGAUCGACUUGUACAUCAACUUGCCAUCCAAGAACCGAUCUCGAAGACCUGCUUCUUACAUCUCUCAAGGUUAUCGAUCUAGACGAAUGGCCGUCGACUUCGCUAUCCCACUUAUCACCAACGUCAAAUGUGCCAAACUCUUCAUCGAAGCUGUACUCAAGAAGCCUACUUUCGAUAUUACCAGUGUAGACUAUAAGACUUCUCACGAAACCUUCUCUUUCCCAAGCCUUGUGUCCGUUCAAGCCUUCGUACCUGGUGCUGCCGAGCCCAACUCCAACGACUUCAGCGAGGCCUCUCAGGCGGCUAUCCGAGGUGGUUUCACUGUCAUGCAAAUGGUUCCUCAAGGUGUAGCAUCUGCCGUCGAAGACGAGAUCUCCCUUCAACGAGCUCAAGCCAAUGCCACUGGUGCUUCUCACUGCGACUACUUCUUCUCUGUUGCCGCUACUGCCGAGAACGCAUCAAGACUCCAGGAUGCGAUCGCUGCAGGUGCUAAAGCCUUGUUCAUCCCGUUCAACAAUUUCUUCGGAUCGGUCAACAAGGUCACCAGUGUUGCCCAACACUUUGCCGCUUGGCCAGCAGACAAGCCAAUUGUCACCGACGCUCGGGCUACCGAUCUCGCUUCAAUCUUGCUUCUUGCCAGCUUGAACAACAGGUCAAUCCACAUUGCCAGUAUAUCUACGCGAGACGACAUCUUGCUGAUCGCUCUCGCCAAGGAGAAGGGAUUGAACGUCACCUGCGAUGUAUCAAUCUACGCCUUGUUCUACUCGCAGGCUGAUUAUCCAACCGCCAAGUGUCUCCCUACCGCCGAUGAUCAACAAGCUCUCUGGGAUAACUUGGCCACCAUUGACAUCUUCUCCGUCGGUGUCCUUCCUUUCGAGCUUGGUACCGCUCUUGGCAACUCCGUUUCUCCAAGUUCCGGUGUCGCUGAAUCGCUACCCCUCCUUUUGACUGCCGUUGCCGAUGGUAAACUCACUCUUGAGGAUAUCUCCCUGAGGCUCAGUGAGAAUCCAAGAAACAUCUUUGGCUUGCCUGAACAGUCUCAAACCUACGUUGAAGUCGAGGUGAACAGAAGGUCAACCUUCGCACCGCAAGCAGCUGACACAUGGUCACCUCUCGAUGGCAAGUCCAUCGCUGGAGCGAUUCACCGAGUCGUCAUCAACGGUCACUCAGUCUUCCUUGACGGUUUGUCCUUCUCCAUGCCCCUUGGACGAGAUGUCUCUACCGCCGGAAACCGAAGCGCGACCGCCAAACAAGCUCGUGGGUCUUUCGCCUUACAGAAGCGACCAUCGAUUUCAGCUCUCUUGUCUCCUACUAUGGAACGACCUGCGUCUUUCGGUCCUCCAGCCAACGACAAACUCAUGUCUUUGUCGUCCAUAGCUGCUGUCAACACUUCUCCCGUCCGAAACCUCCUCUCACUCCAAACCCACCCAGCAUUCUCUCGACGACACAUUUUAUCCGUCAAGCAAUUCGACCGAGAAGAUCUCCAUGUUCUUUUCAACCUUGCCUCUGAGAUGAGAGCUCAAGUGGAACGAAGUGGUGCAGUCGAUACGCUCAAGGGUAGAGUAUUAUGUACUCUCUUCUACGAGCCAUCGACACGAACAUCCACCUCUUUCGAGGCUGCCAUGAAGCGAUGUGGUGGUGAGGUUGUGCAAGUCUCCGCUUCUACCUCUUCCGUGCAAAAAGGAGAAUCGUUGGCCGAUACCAUCAGGACCGUUGGAUGUUACUCUGAUGCCAUUGUCCUCCGACACCCCUCUGUCGGAUCUAGUAAAGCAGCUGCCAAGUCGAGUCCCGUACCUAUCAUCAACGCCGGUGAUGGGAUCGGCGAGCACCCAACCCAGAGUUUGUUGGAUGUUUUCUGUAUUCGAGAAGAAUUGGGUUCAGUCAACGGUAUCACCGUUACUUUGAUUGGUGAUCUGAAGAACGGACGAACUGUCCACUCUCUCGUCAAGCUCUUAUCAUUAUAUGACGUAACCAUCAACUUUGUCUCACCACCAUCUCUGACCAUGCCCGACUCUGUCAAGUCCGAGGCAUCUCGAGCGGGUGUACGAUGGACCGAAUCGACUGUCCUCUCAGAUGAUAUCAUUGCUAAAUCGGAUGUUCUCUAUGCUACGAGGGUCCAAAAGGAACGAUUUGAGAACGUCACAGAGUACGAAGCUGUCAAAGAUAUCUACGUGAUCAACAACGACGUCCUUGCCAAAGCCAAGGAAUCGGCUAUUGUCAUGCACCCCUUACCUAGGGUCAACGAGAUUGAUCCAGAGGUAGAUUUCGAUUCAAAGAGAGCGGCUUAUUUCAGACAAAUGAGAUAUGGUCUUUUCGUCCGAAUGGCUCUUCUCACACUUGUUCUUGGUGCUUGA